AUUAUGACAGCACUACAAAGUGCGGCUUGGACCUUGAUCCCUCGAUGGCAACCUUUAGGCCUCGCGAAGCCAAUCGGGUGGCUCUCUCACUCGAUUGCGAUGUUUCUUGCCAAAAUUGCCCAUCCAGCACAAGGCCUGGGUACAAGUCACCAUUCUUAAGGUGUGAUGGAGUGGAUUACAAACUCCCUGGUUGUUACUCGCUUAGAAAAGAAUGAUCUUCACUCUCGGAUCGCUGCACACUGCAUCGAGACCUUUUGCCGUUUGCCAGAGGACAAUGUUCUCCAACUUCCCAACCCUUUAAUCCUCAACUCCGGCAUCCCAGAUCUCCCUUCUCAGAUUCAUUCGAAAAUUUCCUCUGAUGUUCAAUAUGCCGCACUCUAUGGCUUUCUACAUGUGGUGGAAAUCGAGAAUCCUUCAACGGAGCUAUUCAGCAAAUUAGAAACGUUCUUCGCUGGAUCAGCGAUCAAAUGGUUGGAAGUCUUGAGCCUGCUUGGGGCGACAAAGAAUGCCCUCGUUGAAUUAGAUAAAGUUACUGUGUGGUAUAAGAGUCAGAGCCGCCAACUACAAGAUCACAAUCUAAAAGAAUCUUUACUCCGACUACUGAUGCAAUGCCGUCGCUUUACUUACCAAUUCCACGGAGUCAUUUCAGUUUCCGCUGGACAUAUCACACAUUCAGCUCUGUCUCAUUCACCCGACGCAGAUUGGCGAAUGCGAUACUGCGGACGGUCGACCGAGCACCUCCCAACAGUGCGAGGGAGGGCUUCCGCAUGGGAUAGUCUUCUUACUAUCCGGGGCCACACAGGAUGGGUCUGCUGGGUCUCAUUCUUGCCCGAUGGGUCUAGGGUAGUCUCGGGAUCCUGGGACGGGACGGCACGAAUUUGGGAUGCGGUGACCGGUGAUGAACUCAUGAUCUUCCGAGGGCAUACUCAACGUGUGUGCACAGUAUCGUUCCCGUCCGAUGGGUCCAGGCUAGCCUCGGCAUCUGAAGACCAGACAGUACGGAUCUGGGAUGCACUGACGGGGGACGAACUCAAGGUCCUCCGAGGGCACACCGAGCAAGUCUGGUCGGUCUCAUUCUCGCCUGAUGGAUCCAAGGUGGCGUCAUCGUCCCAGGACUCAACAGUACGAAUCUGGGAUGCGGUGGCCGGGAAUGAACUCAAGGUCCUCCGAGGGCACACCAUGUCAAUCGGGUCAGUCUCAUUUUCGUCCGAUGGAUCCAGGCUGGCCUCAGGAUCCGAUGAUAGAACAGGCACACCGGGAUCAUCAGGUCAGUCUCGUUCUCACCCGAUGGAUCCAGGCUAGCCUCCGGAUGCGAUGACAUGACGGUGCGGAUCUGGGAUGCAGUGACCGGUGAUAACCUCAAGGUCCUCCGAGGGCACACCAGGCUGGUCUUCUCGGUCUCAUUUUCGUCUGAUGGAUCCAGGGUAGCCACUGGAUCGUUUGACAUGACGGUGCGGAUCUGGGAUGCGGUGACCGGAGACAAACUCAAGGUCUUCC